GAAAUGCGCUAUGCGGAGUGAAUGAAGUCUAUGUAACCAUGGGAACGGUCCCCGAACAAGAGUACGCCGACAAUUUAUACGAGAAUGACCCUUCUAUUUACCAGAAUAUCACCCAAAAAAGCAGGAAACGCAAGGCAGUUUUUGGAGAAGGCAUUUAUUCAGCGACAGGGCACCCUGCUGAAGGAAACUGGAAUCCUUCAUAUCAGAAAGGAAUUUCAGUUUAUCCACCAGACACCAAGACCACACUAGAGGAAUUUAUCAAGAAUCAUGAGGAAUAUUUGUCACAUAUUGACAAUACUCCGGCCGAUGAAGAUAAUUCAGAACGCGUGCAGUUCUUGCUCCACAAGGUUUUUCCAUAUCUAGAGAGAAAGCUGGCCAAGACUGGAAUAACUCUAGACAUUCUAAAUAUUCUUGUGACACUCUCCUGUUGCAGGAAGUGUUCUUUGGUAACUCGACACGCUCUGUACAUGAUACUGGACAUAUUAUCAACGACGAGCUACGACUCAAGUGGAAUCUUUAACGAUUUCAUUAUAAAAUGUGAAUCAAAUCUCAGAGACUCUAUUCUUGGUCAAGCGCAAGAAGAGACCGCUGUAUUUGAUCACGAAAUCGCGGAUGAUCAGGGCCUGAGAAUUUUGGCUUAUAGUCGGGUUCUGAUGAUUUUCUAUGUCAACAUUGUACAAGGGUUGAUUCCACCAGUAGAGUUGGGUAGGAAGGACAUGUACGAAGAUGUUGUUCAGAAACUAAUUCAGGUGCAAGAGCAAAAUGUGUUUAACGAAAAGGAGUGGCCACGUUAUGCAAUACGCUGCAUCAAAGAAAUACAGGCAAGGGUCAAGCAGACGCCGCAGAAAAAGAAGAAUGAUGCAUGGAAAAACUUUCUGAUCUGGUUACAAGAACAUAACAGAACAGGAGAGGUAAACAAAGGCAAAAGAAAUAAGAGUGUCGGAGAUUUCCUUUCUAAAAUUAAAGCAUCCAAGAAAGCCUGGUUUGAUUUUCACGUGGUGGUGUUUAGUCUGGGUUCUCAGAUAAAGGAAAGGCCAGGAAAUAUAGAAAUAUUACGCACUCUUGUAGAGAUGUACCUAAAGUCUCAUUCCGAUUUUGCCCGUAAAUGGUCAAGUGAAGGGGAGUGGCAAACUGGUCUUGUUUUGGGCAGUGUGUUGGAAGGCAUUGUCAAUCAUAACCAAGACAAAGACACGAGAACUGAGGCCUGCUUGUGUCUCGUUCAUUACUUCGCAAACCUGACCAAAAGAAACUCAGGCGAAAAAUUGUGGGCACAUGAGAGCUUGCACCGCUGUCUUUAUGGACAAGUUGGAAACUGUCGUCAAAUUAUGCUAAAUAAUUUGGAAAUAAAAGGAGGAGAUGGAAAACCAACAAAAGGAGAAAAAGAACUCCUUCCCAUCACUCGUUCCAUGGACCAUUUGCUACAGAUAUACAAGAGACAACUUAGCAAAAGACCCCUUCAUUUUAUUGGGAAGUCCAAUAAAAAAGGGUACUACUCAGCAACCUUUCGUGGGGAAAAUGCGAUGAUUAAAAUAUUAGAAUCGUCUACAGAUGACAUCUUAGGAGAGGAGAAAAUGGCCCCAACCAGAAUCCACCAUCAACUUGUCAUUGAAGCUUACACCUUAAGACGUCUGAAUUCGAAGCCACACCCUAACAUACUCAGGGUUUUUGCUUACGAUACCUCGGCUCAGCCAUAUCAUCUCAUCACAGAACAGGUUGCUAAAGGUUCUCUCUUGAAGUUCUUGCAAAAUUCAAGAUCGCAUUUGGGCCACAUGCCAAGUCCAUCAGAGUUAGUCAAGAUGAUCCUUGGUGUCAUGGAUGCUGUAAUCUACCUGAAUGACCACCAUCUUGUACAUCUUGCUAUCAUGGCUGACAAUGUACUGGUUGCCCAGGACAACGUCUGUAAAUUAACUGGCUUCCAGUUUACAAGAGAAAUGACGAAACAGGGCAAUGGCAUAUAUGAGUACGUAAGUGUUCUUGAUGAAAUGGCAACGCGACAUGCAGCCCCCGAGUGCUUCAAAUUGGGACAGUUUUCAGAGAAGUCAGUGUCCUGGGCCAUUGGAGUGAUGCUGUUUGAAAUGCACACCUACGGCGUGUCCCCCUACAAUCAAUACAGAAAUCAUGAAGCUGAUCAAAUCCGAAACCAUGUGAUAAGUGGAGGAAAACUAAAAAUGGAGGACUGCAUCCGUAAAGAAGUUUGUGACCUAAUUGAAAAAAAGUGCAUUCAGCACGAGAGAGAGAAAAGAAUCGAUCUGAUGCAGCUAAAGAUGGAAUUGGAGAUGAUUUAUGAGCAGUUUAAGAGAGAAGACAACGAUUGCCCACCUGCAAGUUAUCCUUCUCUUACAAUUGUAGACCUGGCGCAGACUAAAGACACGAUGAWCAGCAGUAGUGCACUUGAAGACCGCGACAAAGAAAAGAAUAUAGGAUUCUUCGGAUCUCCAACAAGAUCGCAUGAUAUACCAAUCAUUCGUCUUGCUAACGGGGUACGAGUUAUCAGAGAACUUGUUGAGAAGACAAAACAGGCAGACUUAGAGAUAUUGAAGAACCUCAAGCACAGAAACAUUGUGGUUAUUCAUUCGCUCUCCAAUCACGAUGAACGUUACACGGCACUGGUGACGGAGGAUUCAGGACGUGGAAACUUGCUUAAGAUAAUACUUGACAAGCAAUGUCGACGGGAAACCCUGGUGACCUUCAUUGCCCAGAUAGCCCAAGCAAUGGAAUAUAUGCAUGACAAUGACGUGAUCCACAGUGACCUGAGAGCAGAACAUAUUAUGAUAUUUACCAAUAAGGUAAAAUUGGCGCGCCUUGGACGAUCAAAGUCUGUCGGUAAAAUGGUGGACACUAAAUGCAAAAUGCCGGAAGAUGCUGUAAGAUGGAGCCCUCCAGAAGUAAUCAAAGACGGCAUUUAUUCACACAGCAGUGAUGUCUAUUCAUUUGCCAUCAUGUGUUUCGAGCUGUUUAGUGCUCUAUCUGCUGCAGAAGGGAGUAAAGCAGAAGACGUAAAACCCUUUGCUACCAUCAAGGACGAUCAGGUUCUUGCUUACCUCGAAGGCAACAAUCGUCCAUGCAGGCCAGAACGUAUGCCAACAUGGGUUUACAUAGCUGUGAAACAGUGCUUGCUUCAUAAGGCAGCUGAACGGCCUCCAUUUGUUCUGAUUGUAGAUGCUUUAACGUCCAGAAAACCAUUCGAUUCUUGCUUGCUCUCUUUCUGGAUCRAAAAACACCCAAACGAGGCUGAGCACAUUAAUACCAACAAGACACAACCACAAGGAGCUAGUCAUGUGAUUCCCAUGGAAGAACACAAGACCUUUGAAGAACUUUGCAAGUCAGUACCAGUCGAAGUCUUUAUGAAGCACACUUACGCAUACAAACCUGGAAACAAAGACUCUGUUGAAGACCAAGAUAAUGAACCAGCUCUUCAAGACCAAGAAGAACUUUAUUACGAGAUUGAUGACUCUAACAAGGCCUUCAAAAGCAAGGUUCCUGAACACAGUUUCUAUGAACAAAUUCCGAAUUUAGGAAUCCCUUGCCAAAGGCGUCCGCUUCCGCUUCCCCUUCCCACUCAAGAAACAGGCAACCCGACAUUAGUACGAGAAAACUCUGAAUUCGCUCUUUAUGCUUCCACGUCGAUAAUCAACUUAAAGUCUUCUUCUUCUCUUUCUCUUCACGAUCACGAGACUUCAGAUUCCUUUUACAAUAAUAUAAAUGACGGUAGUACUUUAUCCCCUGAUAACCGUGAGUGGCCAUCGUUACCUGGUCCUCCGAAGGGAGAUGGAAAAAACAAUAACAAGGAUUCUAGUCCAGCUUCAUCUUCAAGUAACGGUGAAUCUACCCACUUCACACAAACUUCUUCGUAUCCAAUGCCAGCCUCUCGGGCAAAUGCUAAUCUGCGAGUACAAAGACAAGAGGAUGGAGGCGCUGUGGGAGGGGAGCCUGUACAAGGCUCGUUGUAUACAAGGGAAGAAUUUGGGAAUAAUGAACAGGAAAAUAUGUCAAUGAAUCCUGGUGCGACGGAAUGUUCUUGGUACUCAAUGACACCCUUGUAUGAACAGGAACAAAAUAAUGGGUCUGGAUCACGUGACUUGAUCGAGGACAAUAACCGCCCCGCGUGGCGUCGUCCAGUUCCUCUACCCAGAAGUAAAGGACCAAAGCAUGGUUCGUAACGUUCUAAUAACCGAAAGAAUGAUAUCAGUAGGUGGCGUGCAUCCCGUCCUAUGAUGAUAAUAGGAUAAAAGACAGCAAAAAUCCAAAUAUUUUGCCGAUUUAACUGAACCAAUAUGACGGCUAUGACGUCAAAUACGCAUCAAUACAAGUCAUGAAACACGACCUCUAAGAAGGGGGGUUGGCUAAGAGAGGAAGAUAAGUAAUAUUUAGAUCCUGGGCUUUAAUCGGUCUUAUCAUCGAUACACCGCUAGAAAAUGGAAUGCAAUAUAUAUAUAUAUAUGAGUUUUGUGAAAACCAAUAUAUCUAAUGAGACUUUUUAAAUAGAUACGAAUUAAAGAAUGUAACUAUACGAGAAACAUGUACCCUCUCAAGGAAUUUUUUAGUACAGUGUACAUAGUGAGUGUUUCUACUGCCCGCCCUUUAUAAUGCAAUAGUAGCAUGCUAUCGCCAUUCGUGCUGGCCACGCCCACGCCUAGCUGCUUUACUUAAAUCAUGAUGAUCUGUCUGCUAUGUGCAAUAUCUCUGUAAUUUUCUACGAAUCAAAUUUUACAAUA